UGCCUGGCCGAUGGGUGUUAUUUCUUAGGUAGUACUUAACACACUCCAUGUACUUAUUUAACUGCUACACCGGCAUUAUGAACCAUCGCCACGCCCCCCAGCCCAAGUGAAGGCUGUGCCGCGCAAAAUAUGUCAACAGACAGCCAGGACUCACCAGCGCCAUCUACACAAGUUCCUUAUAUUAUUCCUUGUAAACAAACACAGACGAUAUACUGUAGAUUGGUUGUUGUCAGGACGUCCACAAUACAUCCUCUACAAUUUUUUUGUCAUUUUAAGCAUCAGAAAUAACCAUGACUGAGGUUCGACUGCCCACUGGUGAACAAGGACGAAGGAAUGCCAAGGAACCUCCUGACACCAGCCGGGACACUCCACUCAUGACACUGUUUCGGGGAUACUCCAAGAUGCUAGAUGAGAAGAAUGAUAAAUACGAGAGAAUAUAUAAGACAAGCAGAGAUGUAACAGUCCGUAGCAAGAGAGUUAUCUUCUCAUUACAGAGAAUUCCUGGGUUAGGAGAAGAAGAAAAAGAAAAUUUACUAACCUCUGCAGCUAAUGAUUUGCGAGAUAUUGAACAAACACUAUUGAAGCACAUUGCUAUGGAACUCAGGGAUGAGGAUCCUCACCAGUUUGUCAAUGCAUUCACUUCAGGUAUCCAGGAAUACAUAGAAGCUCUUUCCUUCCACUUCUUCCUGCUCACAGAGACCCUCAUCAGUCACAAUGCUGUUAAGAGUCGAUUGACCUUUGGUAGCCAAAAGGAAGACCAGACAGAUUUAGUGCCCCUCAAUGUUCUUGUGCAGCCCAAGGAAUAUAUUCUCGGUAUUGCUGACCUAACUGGAGAACUCAUGCGAUUUUGUAUCAAAUGUGUGAGUACGGGAGACUUUGAAAUGUGUUACAAAAUCUGUGAUGUUCUGAAAAGAAUGCAUGGAGGAUUCUUGUCCCUAGGGUAUAUUCCAGUCAAGGAACUUUACCACAAGAUGAUGGUUUUUAGAUCCAGCUUACAUAAAGUGGAAGAGGCUUGUUACUCACUGCAGUUGAGAAAGUCAGAGGUCCCUGCAGAAAUGCUUGGUGAUGUUUUUGCUAUGUAUGAUGCAGAUGACCAAAAUGUUUCUUUUAUGUAAUUUGAUGGCUAUAUGAUUUAUAGAACACAAGACAUUUAUCAGAUUAUAUUUAUUAUUUUUUCUAUUCUGUUAUUUGAAACUAUAGUACUGUACUGUAGUUCACGGAUUUGUGUUGAUCUUAUCUAAUGAAAAGGUAGUCUCAUUUUAUAAAUAAUUUAUUAUUUGCAAUGGUCAUCUUAUUUAAAUCCUUUUACCAGUGAAGAUAAAUAAAUUAACAUCUACCAUACACUACACUGGCACUUGGCAAAUGAUGUACUGCAUGGUUGUACAGUAAUCAAAGUUACAUGGAAAGGGAAGGGUAUUGAAAUGGUUGAUACAUCACUUUACUGGCUUCAUCAUUGUAUUGGAUGCUCUGGAACAGUGGAAAUUACAGUACAAGUAUUCCCUAAUGUACAAUAGGGUUGUGGGCCUUUUAACCUGAGUUUUGAUGGUACAGGAUAUGUUCCUAGCCUGUGUCACAAUCAAUGGUAUAUGUUCCUGACCUGUGUGACACAAACAAUGGUAUAUGUUCCUAGCUUGUGUGAUAAACAGAAAAAAAACGAUCCUACACUAAUUAAAAAAAAAAAAACUCACCACAUUAAUAAUAACAAGCCUGGUCAUCAUAUGGCACCUCUGAGGCUAUGGGAACUCUUGUUGAUGGAGCUAGCCAUUUUCAAACUUACAUGGAUCACUACACUUAUCAAGACAAAGCAAAAUCACUUCAGUCACCAAAAGAGCAAAAUCUGAAGGAUAAUGUUUUCAUUUCACCAAUAACGGCAAAGUAUCAGUUAUCACAUGGGUUACACAAUGAUGACUAACGAUAAUGUUACAUGAGUGAGGACAGAUGCAAUGGCACUGAAAGAAAGUGUGGGACUGUAGUUCGCAUGGUGGCCAUGAAGCUGUGCGGAGGAUGGAAAAGCAGUUUCUGCGCAAAUUGGCUAUUUGGAUUUAACAAGUGAAGGGAAAUAUGGGCUUCCCCAGUGUUUAUACAUUCUGUGUCAGUGAAUUUAACCUAACGAUAACUAUCGUUAACAUGGAUUUUGCCUAACAUAAAUCGCAAGAGGGUGUUAAAAAAAAAACCUCAUCAACAUUAACAUGGAUUAUCGUAAAAUGGAUGAUUGUUAAUGAGGAAAUACCUGUACUGUGUAAAAAAAAUUGUGUCACUCCCUCCACAUCCAAGUGCAGUAAAAUAACAGUACUGUACAGGCAUCACACAAAUGAAGUUUUAUAGUCCUGAAAAAUAGUCUGUCAUGAGACUUACUUUCCUAUUGACAUUCACUACAUAAUCAGAGGUGCAUAACAAUCAAUAACAAAAUCCCCCCAAAACAUACAAAAAUAACUCCAACAACUUUAUAAGUCCACAUUUAGUCAAAAGAUUUAUUUUUUAAUCACAUAGGUACCCUUGUCCUUGUUUAUUAUGAGGGAACAAUAAUAAAUACGUGACACUGAGUAUAUGUUUAAGGUCGUACAAUAUUAACAGAACAGAAAUUUCAUAAAAAGUAAAAAAAAAAAAAAGUAGGGUACUUUAAUAAAAAUUCUACUUACAAAAAACUGGAGAGCGGCACUUGAGGUGCUGAUGCUGCGUUGGCCUUCCUUGUUAGAUAGAUAGCUAUAAAGCUUGAUACUCUCAAGUUGUUUUAUUUUACAAGUACAGCCCGGAUUAUUCAUAGUACAGUAUCUGAAUUUUGACAUUUUGUUGAGAAAAAAAAGUUUUGUUUCAGUAACUCAAGUGGGUAGUUCAGACACUACAGAAGAGCAAAUCCAACACACUAAGCUAAUCUGCAAUGGAUAGGUUUUCAUGUUUCCCACAAGGCUUCUACCAUAUUUACUUGUCAAAAAUAACCUUAAUCUUGUCCAUUCCUAAAAUACUGAAGUCGCCACAAACAUAUAAAGGCUGUUUAGUUUUGCAACUAAUGUAGUACUGUAUUCCUCACCUCUGUUCCUUUUUCUCUUUGCUGUCAAACCAAAUCAGUACUCUAUAUUCCUCCUACACUUACAUGAAUAUCUAGACAUAACUGGCUGAUCAUCAAGACAUAUAUCUGAGGAACUCCCAAUUCACAAAUAUUAAACAAAAUAAACACCAGAGGGGAGUACAAUAACUAGUAUGAGAUUCUGUAAACAAUAAACUACAUGGCAGAGGCUCAUAUUGGAUGCUCAUUGGAAGGCAGCAUCUCAAGGCUAUACUGAUUAGCCACUGGUGUGAGGGACACUUUGACCCACUAGUCAUUGCCUUAUGCCCAAUAUUGGCAGAUUUCUACCAACUGAAAUUUCAGUAGGAUAAUGACAAAGCAGGUUUCUCGUCCUUACCAUUCUCUUAAGUCAGGCCAGGGGAUCCUGGUACAGUACCAUGACAGACUUUCAUUGUCUUAUGUAAUGCU